AUGUCUUCUGCAAAGGUCAUGUUCUCCCUCCCCGAUUCCAAGCUCUUCCAGUUGCCUCCGAGAAACGAUCCUCAGGCUCUUCCCCCUCCCACUGCCGGAACCACGCUCUUCGCUCCUCCAAUCUCUAUACCCCCCUCGAUCUACAAUGCCGCGCUCGAUGUUAAAGUCCCCGUCACCGUCGCUAUUGUGUACGCGUUGACAGUCACAAUUCUGAACAAGGCCAACCGCGAUCGGGGAAUGAGGCCAUGGGCUAUCAGCAAGACCAAGCCGUUUUUCUGGUUCGUGGUGGCGCACAACGUCUUUCUGGCCCUUUACUCCGCAUGGACUUUUGUUGGAAUGUUUGGCGCUCUGCAGCGAGUCCUACCAAGUUGGAAUGGUUUUGGGAACAUUACACCGUUGGUCGACAGCUUGUGCAAGAUGCAUGGGCCGCAUGGGCUAGGAAAUGCGGUCAGCUACAACCCCGCAAUUUCCCAAUGGAUUUCGACUUCUCCGUCAGUGUUUCUCAGCGAGGCAGGCACACCAGCCGGUACAGAUGUGGGUAGGCUGUGGAACGAGGGUUUGGCUUUCUAUGGCUGGUUGUUCUAUUUGAGCAAGUUCUACGAGGUCCUGGACACUGCUAUCAUCUUGGCCAAGGGAAAGCGAAGCUCGACUCUUCAAAAGUACCACCACGCUGGAGCUAUGAUGUGCAUGUGGGCUGGCAUUCGGUUCAUGUCUCCACCAAUCUGGAUGUUUGUCUUUGUCAAUUCGGCAAUUCAUGCCAUGAUGUACACCUACUACACCUUGGCGGCAUUCUCCAUCCAUGUUCCGCAAUCCAUUAAGCAGUCUCUCACAACCAUGCAAAUCACUCAGUUUUUGGUUGGAUUUAGCUACGCCGCUCUCCAUUCCUUCGUCUCCUACACCAUCCCAGUCCAGGUCGCGGAUGUCGAAUCCACGCUUAAGACCACCGUAACAGCUGCUACAGCCGCAGCCUCAUCUGCUGUCGCAACCGCAGCUUCCAAUGGCUUCGGAAAGACGAUCAUGAAGUUCCUGUACCGGGCUGUAGGAGAAGAAGGUCUUGCAGAGAACGUGAACGGCGCAGCACCAACCGCUCACGCUGUGCCAUCCUUCAGAUCAGGAGGCAUUCAAUACCGUACCGAGUACCAGACCGUCCCGUGUAUCGACACGAGCGGCCAGACCUUCGCGAUUUGGUUGAACGUCUUCUACUUGACGCCUUUGACUUUCCUUUUUGCAAGAUUCUUCGUUAAGUCGUAUUUGAGAAGAAACACCCAGAGGACCGUGGGGCCUGAGCAUAUCAAGGGAGGCGCGGCGAAGGAUGCGUUGAAGGGCGUUGAUAGGAACUUAAACGGGAACGCCAAUGGUAUUGCUAACGGCAAGACAAACGGUCAUACCAACGGCCAUGCGAACGGCAAGGCAAAUGGCACGCCGAACGGCAAGAGCAACGGGAAGGUCAACGGAAAGCCUUAG